GGCACCACACCUGUUGGUACUCCGAUGGAGCAGCGCACUAGUCAGCCUGCCAGUGGAAAAGUCAAAGAGGAAGUUAGUGCUGUGUCUCUCUGUCCAGCCAAGCCCUCCCCCAGCUACAUUGAUCUUCAAGCCAGUUCCCCAGGAGACACACCCGUGAAUACCCAGAGCAGAAAGCUACUUUCAGGAGUUAAGCCCCGGUCCAAGGAAUGCAUAGGACUCCUAGAAUGUAUGUAUGCCAAUCUCCAGCUUCAAACCCAGCUGGUCCAACAACAGAUGGCCAUUCUGGAAAAUAUACAAGCCUCCAUGGCACAGGUGGCUCCUGGGAGGGAAAGCACGCCCUCUCUCCCGGCUGUGUCUGGUAGUCUGCUUUUAGAUCAGCUGCCCCAAUUCAAUAAAUGAACUGUGGAA